UCAUUUGAAAGUACGUAUUAACCGAUCACAUCUCUGAAGUAACAAGUAAACAACAAAAGAUUUUAUCCUCCUGUGUAGUUCUAGUUGCUACGUUGGCAUACAAAUCUAAUUUAUUGUUAUUAAAUAACUGAUUAGCUAUACUACACUGUUUUAGCCCUUAAAAACUCAAUACAAUAGUUUUUAGAUCCCAAGAGUAACAGUAAACUGUAAAAACAAUAUUAAAAAGGUGCCCCCUUUCAUUCGACAUUUCCACCCCAUCUUUUUUGAUCAUCAUUGAGAGUUUGAGACCUCAGACACUCUCACUCUCAACUUGAGACAACUUGUCAACAUUCAACAUACAUUGGAUCGGCAUUCUCACUUCUGCACCACUAAAAAGGUUGUGAAGACUGCAAAGUUUGAAUUAGACAGUUAAGAGAAAACCAGCUUCACUUUAAAAUGAUAUCUGACUUAAUCUUAUUUGGAACUCUGCUGGUGAAUGCUGGGGCAGUGCUCAAUUUUAAGUUGAAAAGGUCUAAAGAUGAAGUUGCAUUCAUGGCCAGCACUGAGUCCACAGGGGACAAGGUCAGAGACUUCCUGCUGAGCCUCAGGCAUCUUAGAAUCUUCAUAGCACUCUGGAACAUCUUCAUUAUGUUUCUGAUGUUGGUGUUUUUCAGCCAUUGAUUGCCAAGAAUUUAGUCCACCAGGUCAUGACUUUCAUUCCUAGUUACUUUGAGCAUGGCCCCCAUGCAUCCACUCAACCAGUGUCUUACAUAUUCAUGACAUGGUAUAUGGGUAAACUCUGUGGGAGUUAGUAGACAUCACAUAUUGUACAUAAAUCACACACUUGUAACUCUGCUAGAUACUUACUUAUCUUACUUAUUGACCUAUCAUUGACCACUGAUUGAUCUAUCAUGGACCACUGACUUAUCAUUGAUCAUUGAUUGACCUGUCAUUUACCACUGAUUGACCUAUCAUUGACCACUGAUUGACCUAUCAUUGACCACUGCUCGACCUAUCAUUGACCACUGAUUGACUUAUCAUUGGCCUAUCAUUGACCACUGAUUGACUUAUCAUUGACCACUGAUUGACCUAUCAUUGACCACUGACCUAUCAUUGACCACUGAUUGACCUAUCAUUGACCACUGAUUGACCUAUCAUUGACCACUGACCUAUCAUUGACCACUGAUUGACCUAUCAUUGACCGCUGAUUGACCUAUUAUUGAUCACUGAUUGAUCUAUCAUUGACCACUGAUUGAUAUAUCAUGGACCACUGAUUGACCUAUCAUUGACUACUGAUUGACCUGUCAUUGACCACUGAUUGAUCUAUCAUUGACCACUGAUUGACCUAUCAUUGACCACUGAUUGACCUAUCAUUGAUCUUUGAUUGACCUAUCAUUGACCACUGAUUGACCUAUCAUUGACCACUGACCUAUCAUUGACCACUGAUUGACCUAUCAUUGACCACUGAUUGACCUAUCAUUGACUACUGAUUGACCUAUCAUUGAUCACUGAUUUAAUUAUCAUUGAUCAGUCAUGGACCCAUUACUGACCACUCAUUAACAAUUCAUAUAUCAGUCAUGAAUCAUCAGUGGCUAGUAUGCAUAAAUCAAUAAACAAAAAUUGAUACAUCAUUGAACAGUCAUUGACCACGAUGUGACCACUCAUUGUCUGACUUCUUGUUCACCAACUAUAGUUUAGUCAGUAGUCAAAUUAUUUACUGCUCAAUAGUCAAUCAUUGACCACUCAUUUAUUCUCAACUAAUCAUUGAUUAUUCAUUUGACUUUCUUUGAUUCAUAAUGCAUCUGCAAUCAUUGACCACACCUUGACUAAUGUUUCAUCAUUUAUUGACUUAACAUUGACUAAUCCUUGACCGUUCAUGAUGCUAUUUUUAUGUCUUGUACAUAGGCCAGGGUUGAACUCAUAUCCCAUGUUCUAAUUUAAAAUAUCUCAUGUUAUAAAUUUUAAUUCUUUUAUCAUGUUUGAAAUGUGUAUGUUCUAUGCAAUAAAGUUGGGUAAAAUCAAAUUUC